AUGUCCACCAUUCCCAUCCCUCAACAACUAGGCUUCGAUGAAGAAGAAACAAAAGUCUUUAAUGAGUUGACCGGACGAGAAAGAAGAAGAUUUGACGCCCAGCCAGAUAACAAUUCAAAAAUUGCUUUUAUUCAAGCCAUGGUGGAAAAAGAAAAAUCUUGGCGUGAAAAAUCGACAAAAGUCCUGGACCCUGAGUAUGAGUAUGUUUAUGGUAUCGUCACAACAGCCACGGACUGGUACUUCAUCCUGCAUAGCACCGAGACCAUCUACUGUACAAGCAAGACUGAAUAUCAAAUCUCUCUGACGGAAGAUGCACUCAAAGACUCAACCGAAUUGCGCAAGAAUGUGAAGAGAAUUUUAGAGGUGAUAGUGGGUUUGUUAAAAGAUAGUGUAUCAGCUAGUGAAGAACCCGCAAAUUAG